CAGCUGACGAGUUAGCGUCCUACUCAGUUGUCGAUGUUUGCUGGGGGUAGAAAGGUUGUAAAGGUUGUUUCAGGACUUUUAUGUGUGUUGUCAGGUUACUGUUCCUGUCCAAAAUGCUUAAGUUGGAGUUUCGUGUGACGUCACUCCGGUGUUUCCAAGUUGUUUAAAAAUUCGGAGAAAUGCUAAUAAAUGUGCAGCAGAGACUUAUCUGCAGCACACCCGAGUACCGGUGAUAAAACCCGGCAGCUGAAUGAGCUGGGUUACCCUGCGACAUGUCGCCGGAUCUCAGGAUGUGGAAUAGGGUGUUGGGUCAAAAGCAGGCGUCAGUUGAUCGCGUUGGUGUAUUUUUAGCGAACUAUUUCACGGUAUUGAACUAUUGUACUUGGACGGUCAUGGUGUCUUUCAAAGGUUUCUAAAUGCUGUAUAUUCUCUUCAGUCGUCGGCUGCCAUAGCCAGAGUAGCAGAAAAUGGCAGGAAAAAGCCAACACGCAGCUUACCAUGCAGCCACAAUGGCACAGUCUUCCAACGGAGGGCAUACGUACACUUUUGGGAACAGUCUCGUCUCCGAAAAUGAGUUUUCUGAAGAAGAUGGGGAAUCCUUCGAGCUCAGGCCCAGGGGGAAGGAGAGGUUGAAGCGGAGCACAUCGAGAGAGAGGAUGGAUGACAUUGUUUACCUAGUUCGUGACAUCAAGGAGGGCGACACUUUGAAUGCCAUUUCUCUGCAGUAUUUCUGCUCGGUUGCAGACAUUAAAAGGGCCAACAAUCUUCUGACAGAGCAGGAUUUUUUCGCCCUGCGUACCAUCAAGAUUCCGGUGAAGAGGUUCAGCAUCCUGACUGAGACACAUGGCCUGGCUUCCCAGCUCCGCGAGGAACCUCAUUUGGAUGCCGGGGUCGACUGUCCUUCCUCAAGGUGCUCAUCAUCAUCCUCCACCUCAUCUACAGAUAGCGUGUGCAGCUUCCUACAAGAGAAAGACAAGGACAUAGAGCAGCUGGUGAAGUCCACAGACCCAGCCCGGGGGAGCUUGAAUGAGGUCGUCUCUUCCCUGAGCUCGCAGCACCCUCUGGCCGAAGGCGAACGCCGACCAGCCCUAAGGAAGGACCCCUAUUAUGGGGCCGACUGGGGGCUUAGGUGGUGGAUGGCGGUGGCCAUAAUGUUGGUGGUUGGCAUCGUCACGCCGGUCUUCUAUCUGCUCUACUAUGAGGUGUUAAUGAAGGACGACGUUAGCCAUCACGCCAGUACAGAGGCCCAGCAGCCACAAACGAACAGCAAGCUCACAUAGCUGGCAAGGGGCCAAGGAGGAACCCUCAAUGACUGCUUGUGGUUCACCUCUUUCAAUGGUCACGGCAAAUAGGACACCUAGCCCACUGCAGGGAGUCCAAAAUGUUUCAGUGCAAUCUUGGCCGGAAACGUGAUCUUUUUACUGUCUGCACAUGUGAUCAAACUGGGAAACACUAGUGAGUUUUCUGAGAAGAUGGAGGUUGAGGAAUAUGAGUGGAAAAUGUGGACAUUCCACUUUCUUAAAUUGCCUACAUUUUAUGGUGGGCGAAAAAUGUGUUCAGCCACCACCACCCCCAUUGCUGCCUGUAGGUUAAUAUCAGGAAUAUAUUAAUUCUAUAAUUUAUUCACGUGAAAACCCUUUACCAUAUGCACUUGGUGUCAGUAUAGAUGUUGUUUGAGUGUACCCUGGAGUAUAUUUUGGACAACAAAACAUUUUCGUUUGUUGGUUUGUAAAUUUUCUGUAAAAUUAUUAACGGCAAUAUUUUAAUGGUCAGUGCUUUUGAAGGGCAUGGUUGUAAAAUGUGAAAUCUGAUGACAAUUAUGUUACUUAUGAGUUAAUUUACAUUUGUAAUUUAAACAGCAAUUGCUUCUGGUUGUGUCUUCUAUAUUUUAGUAUGUGCCUUUUCCCCCGUGGAUUUCAGUUGCAAGUUCAUUUAGAUUUGAAAGAAAGGAAUAAAAGGUGUAUAUAUAGAUAUAUAUAUUUAUAAUAAACUGCAUGAUUUCACUUUUAGCUCUACCCAUUGUUUAGCAGUCCUUAAAGAACAAAAAGAUGUUUUUAUGAAACUUCUGCAUAUUUUUGCCUUUUUCAUCUUUUUGAACGUGGUCGUUUUGGUGUGACCUAGCUGAAUGUGUCACAAUUAGUAAACAAUUAUGAAUGA